CCUUUAUAGAUUAAUAUCCUGCUUUAGGUCUGACACAAAAGUUCUGCCCCCGAACACAGUGCUGAAUCGCCUUUUUGGAGAGAGGACAAUUACAUGAAAUAUAGAGUAAUGGAACUCAUCACCUGCGUCCUUUUGAUGGCGUCCUUCGUCAACUAUGGAAUAGCUGGUUCUUCCUGUCCUCCUGAAGAAUAUAUUAGUCCAUGGUUCUGUAUCAAAACAUCGUCCUCCACUCAAAACUUUUACACUAUUGUUGUUUGCAACAGACCAGAGUGUAAGGACCACUUGUACAGAGUUGAUGGUGCUGCAGGUCAUCUGGUACUGGACAAAGUGAUUAUAACUGGCAUUACAAAUAAUGACACCGAUAAAGAUUGGAAUCUGAAGCUACCGUCACGGUGGUUAUUAAUGUCUCGCGUCCGAGAGUUAGAGAUCCGAGACACGACACUGUCAGACUGUUUUCUCUGUAACAAUCCUUUUCAAGAGCAAGAUCAGUACUUGAAAAAACUUGUUUUUUCAAACUGUUCUCUUAAAGGAAAACUAUGCAAUGAGUGUACAACAACUAUAAAAAAAUUAGUAACAACAACAACUACUACGACUACUCGUAGGCCUAGACAAUAUGGAUUUUAUUCUCGAAAUAUUAAUCAUUUUCCUCGUUCAACUUCUCCAGAGCCCAAGUAUGAAUAUACCAAAAUAGCAAAUGGUAUCCGUAUGAAUGGCCUGACAAAUGCUAAAAGUUUAGAAUCACUGGAUCUAUCUUUCAAUGCAAUUGAAGAAAUCAACAGCAACGCUUUCCCUCCCGAAGUGUCCAGCUUGAAAAUACUAGUUUUGUCUCACAAUAAUAUCUCGGUGAUAUCCAGUGCUGCUUUUACAACACUGACUUCCUUAUCUGAGCUAGACCUGUCCCAUAAUAAACUGGCGAACCUCAGCAGAAACAUCUUCGACUCUCCAGACAGCAAAUUGGAGGUGUUAAACUUAAACUGGAAUCGAAUCUCAGUACUCCAAGAAAACAUGUUCUCACUUAUGCUAGCACUAAAAAAGGUAAAUAUCGCCCACAACUUUCUUCAGUAUAUCCCGUCAGCCACCUGGAGACAGGAGCUAGGUGUUAUCCAGACGAUCGAUUUAAGUGGAAACUUUCUCAUCUGUGACUGUGACAUCAAAUGGAUUUUGGCUAACGAGACUGAAAUAACUGGAUUGUGCAGCGCCCCCUGGAAAUUUGCAUAUCAACCCGUGAAACGAGCCGCAGCCACUUUGAUCUGUUGAGAUCACAAUGAACAACAACUAUCUUACUAUAAUAAGUUUAAACUCUGACAUAUACGAAAAAUAUUCUAAUUAUGCCAUUUAAACCUUAGUUUAGCCUAUGUUAUUCAAGUUGAGUUUAACUUCUAAUACCCAAGUUAAGUAAACUUUAUGUUUGUUUUACUACAUAAAAAUGUUUUGAUGAUAAUUAAAAGUGUAUGUGUCCCAGAUAAUAAAAUAUGUUUCGGUGUGACCAAGUGUA